UCUUAAGCCACCGCCUUUCCUUCCUUCCUUCCAUACUGAAAUUCGAUCUUAAUUUCCAAAAAUGCCUAUGCAGCAUCAGCCGCGGCACGAGCAGCAGCUCUCCUACCAGGUCGCCAAGACGGCCACCGCCGUCACCAUGGGCGGCUCCCUCAUGCUACUCUCUGGCCUCACUCUCACCGCCACCAUCAUCGGCCUCGUGGUUGUCACGCCCUUGCUGGUUAUCUUCAGCCCCGUGCUCGUCCCUGCAGCGCUCACCACCUUCUUCAUCCUUGCUGGGUUCUUGGCUUCCGGCAGCUUCGGCGCCACCGCCACCUUCGUCUUCUACUGGAUGUACAGGUACGCAACAGGGAAGCAUCCAAUUGGGGCGGACAAGAUCGAUUAUGCAAGGGAGAAGCUGAGUAAUGCAGCGCAGGAUAUGAAGGAGAAGGCGGAGCAGUUGGCAGCGCAGCCGGGGAAUAAGGGUACCACUGUGCAGGACAGCACUUGAAAGGGCCUGGUUGGGGAUUAGCAUGCAGCUAUAUAUAUAUAUAUAUAGUACUGUUUGAGUUUUCGUGUGUGUGUUCCAUCUUUUUUGUUCUUGGCUGAAUUUAAUUUUAAUAUGAUCUGCGUGUAGAUUUUGGUAGUAGAGAAGAUCAUCUAUGAAUCUGGCUAUCAUCAUUUCUGGGGGCGUACCGACCUUAAUUAGCUUAAAUAAUUUAUGAAUCUGUUAGUUGGCCGGUUGUGCUUUUAAUAAGUGUUGUUCAAUUUUUGUUGUGGAUCGGAGUUGUUGACUGCCAAUGUGGAAUUACCCAUUUGGGUUUGGAAUUGAAGAUGAUCGGAUCGAGUAAUAAAACUACAUUGAGCCA